UUUUAAAGAUGGAAUUUCUGCCCCUCCCAUACCAAAUUCCCUUCCCUUUCCUUUUCUCCUUUCUUUCUCCUCCACAAUCUCCGCCGAUUCCCUCUGCAAAAAAUCCUCCAUUGAUCUCUCCCGCCGUUAAACCCUAACAGCGCCCACCCCUCCUCUCUCAGAAACCCAAACAAAACUCACCCACUCCUCUGACUGUUCUCCCCUACCCUCCAAGGCGGAAAAAAAGAAGAAGCCAGAGAUGAGAAAGCCCCGCCGUCCGGGGAUCCGUACUUCCUCCACUCUUUUCGUUCCCGUUCUCUUCUUUCUGCUCCGAUUGGCCAGCUCCCAGAGCCCCGAUGCCGACGCCAUGCUGAAGCUCAGGGACAGUCUCAAGGCGGGCAGCAGCCUCGGGUGGUCCGGCCAAAACCCCUGUUCCUGGAGCGGAGUCGUCUGCCAGCCUUCCGGCAAUCGGGUGACUCGCAUCAAAAUCAGCGGCAAAGGCGUACAAGGGUUCCUUCCGCCGGAGCUCUCGACUUUAACUGCGCUGACCUCAUUGGAGGUGGACUACAACCAGUUAACGGGUGCGGUGCCCGAUCUCUCCGGGCUGAACUCCAUCCAGUAUCUCAAUCUCAUGCACAACGGUUUCGAAUCCAUCCCUCCGGCUUUCUUCUCCGGCCUCACCAGUUUAUCCGCCGUGUACCUCGACAACAACCCGCUCUCCAGAUGGUCGAUCCCGCCCACCCUCAAGGAUUCCGCCGGCCUCAAGAAUUUCUCGGCCAACAACGCCAGCCUCGAAGGUGCGGUCCCUGAUUUCCUCUUCAGUGGCGAUUCCUUCCCCGGGCUCAACCAUUUGCAUUUGGCAUACAAUUAUUUACAAGGGCCGCUGCCUGAGGCUUCUUCCGGUUCGAAUCUCGUCACUCUCUGGCUCAACAGCCAAUUGAGCGAUUCUAAGCUCAACGGCACCAUUACCGUCUUGCAGAACAUAUCGUCUUUGACCCAGGUUUGGCUGCAGAGCAAUGGCUUUACGGGUCCCAUACCGGAAUUCCCAGAUGAUACGUCGCUGUUGCAGGAUUUGAACUUGAGAGAUAAUCGGAUGACUGGUAUUGUUCCAUUGUCUCUACCCAAGCUUUCCCUAAGAAACUUGACCCUGACAAAUAAUCUCCUUCAAGGGCCCACCCCGGAAUUCCCCAGCUCAAUUGGGCUGGAUAUGGAACCUGAAACGAAUCGGUUUUGUUUGCCUAAACCUGGUGAUGCUUGUGAUGCUCGGAUUAAUAACCUGUUGUCCGCUGUAGAAGCGUUUGGGUACCCCACUGUUUUGGCUGAUAGCUGGAAGGGGAAUGAUCCUUGCAACACUUGGUUGGGAAUUCAGUGUUCUCCAUCUGGAGGGAACAUCACAACCAUCAACUUCGAUAACAAGGGGCUCACAGGUUCAAUCUCUCCUGAUUUUGCCUCCAUUACUUCAUUGGAGAACUUGAUUUUGUCGAAUAAUGAUAUCUCUGGUACAAUCCCGGCCGAUCUAGCUAAGUUGCCCAAUCUUAAGGUGUUGGAUGUUACGCAUAACAAUCUCCAUGGGAAAGUUCCUAGCUUUAAUGGUGGUGUAAGCGUCAGAUAUGAUGGGAACCCUGAUAUCGGUAAGGACGUUGGUACACCUCCUGGCAAGACUCCAGGUGGUAGAGGAGGUGAUGGUUCCUCGGAUGAUGGAAGUGGUGGUAAGAAUUCCAGUACUGGGAAGAUUGUAGGUUCUGUCGUUGGAGUUGUUAGUUUGUUGGGUCUAGGAGGGUUGGGUUUCUUUCUCUACUGUAUGAAAAGGAAGAGAUAUAGCAAGGUACAGAGUCCCAAUACAGUGGUGAUUCAUCCUCGUCAUUCGGGAGACCAUGAUGCUGUGAAGAUAACUGUUGCUGGGUCGAGGUCUAAUGCUUUAUCUGAGAGCAACACGGUUACCAGCAAUGGUUCUUCAGAAAUCCAUGUUGUUGAAGCAGGGAGCUUGGUGAUAUCCAUUCAAGUGUUGAGAGAGGUGACUAAUAACUUCAGUCAAGACAACAUACUUGGAAGUGGUGGGUUUGGGACGGUUUACAAGGGCGAAUUGCCCGAUGGAACAAAAAUUGCGGUGAAACGGAUGGAAUCUGCAGCAUUAGGGAGUGAUAAGGGCCUGACGGAGUUCACCUCUGAGAUUGCAGUGCUUACUAAGGUUCGGCAUCGCCAUCUGGUUUCGCUUCUCGGAUAUUGUUUGGAAGGCAAUGAGAAGAUUCUUGUCUAUGAAUACAUGCCUCAGGGGACGCUCAGUAGGUUUCUUUUUAACUGGAAGGAAGAAGGAUUGCAGCCAUUGGAAUGGACAAGAAGACUUACAAUUGCAUUGGAUGUUGCUAGAGCUGUUGAGUAUCUGCAUGGUCUAGCCCACCAAAGCUUUAUUCAUAGGGAUCUCAAGCCUUCAAACAUUCUUCUAGGAGAUGACUUGCGCGCCAAAGUAGCUGAUUUUGGGUUGGUCCGUCUUGCCCCUGAUGGAAAAAACUCGUUCUCAACCAGACUUGCUGGAACUUUUGGGUACAUGGCUCCAGAAUAUGCAGUGACCGGACGUGUGACGAUCAAGGUUGAUGUCUUCAGCUUUGGGGUGAUACUUAUGGAACUGAUCACCGGAAGGAGAGCCCUUGAUGGAACCGAGCCAGAGGAGAGGUCACAUCUAGCAACGUGGUUCCGAAGGAUGCACAUCGACAAGAAGGCGUUCCCUCAGGUGAUUGACGCGUCGAUUGAGCUCAACGAUGAUACACUUGGCAGCAUCAAUACGGUUGCUGACUUAGCGGGUCAUUGCACUGCAAGGGAGCCAUACCAGAGACCUGAUAUGAGCCAUGUAGUUAACACCCUUAGCUCCCUUGCGGAGCUAUGGAAACCGGGGGACAACCGUUCAGGCCAAGAAGAUGAAUAUGAGACGAUUGAUUGUGACAUGACAUUGCCUCAGGCGCUGAAGAAGUGGCAGGAAGGCGACCAGCCCAGCAUCUCCACUUUAAGGUAUGGCAGCUGUGGCAGCCUGGACAAUACGCAGACUAGCGUUACUACUCGACCUUCCGGGUUCGCAGAUUCUUUCACAUCCGCAGAUGCUCGGUAGAUGGAGAGUGGAGAUGAGUUUGGGGCAAAGGCAUUCUGUUGGUGAAUCUGGGUGUUAGUGUUCAUUCCUUGCGUUCUGUUCUACUUGCUGCUUUUUUCUAUUUAGUCAUCAAACAUUUGGUAUUGCUCUACCAUAUCCAUAGAUUUGUGAUUUCUUUUUCUUUUUAUUUUUGCCUGAAGAAAGACCGUGGAGUUUCAAUUUCUAAUAGUGUCUUUAUUUAAGAAUUGUGAAAAUUAUAUUGAAAAGUGAGUGGUGGG